UUUAGAGCACAUGAUUACAUAAAAAAUGGACAUAGUUUAUAUAUAAAUAUUGAAUUUAAGGCGAUUGAAUGGUGAUGGAGAACGAUCAAUUUCUGUUGUUUAUAAACCAUCUAUCACGCAGCUGCAAUAAUAACCAGUUAGACCUAUGGUGCGUUAUCUCUGGUUCUAAUAUUCUAGUAAAUGCUCUUUCGGCGUUCUUAAUACCACAGAACAAUAGUAAUACGGGCAUGAGACUUCCCGUAUACUAUGAAAUUAUAAAUAAUUCUCACUCCCAUGCAUAUUAUGUAGUACGUAUGGUACUGGAGGAGAACUCUAAUGGAAAAAGACCGCUGGGAAGACCACGUCGGAGAUGGGAGGACGGAGUUAGGGAUGAUGUGAAAGCAUUAGGUGGAGGAGAAGAUUGGAGAUUACAGGCAUCGAAUAGAGAAAACUGGAGGCAAGGAUGUAUGUCGGGAUGGUCCUAGUGGCCGAGUUUACCGAAAAAGAAGAAGAAAACUAUUUUAGAACCAAUUUUUGCAAGGUUCGAAUGAAACGGGAAAAUACUGAAAUACGAAACACGACAAUAAGAAAAUUGUUCCCCACCAGUGAAAUAACAGAGCGUUCAAACAAAACCGUGUGCGCUCUCUGGCGGUUAAAACUACGACCAACAGUCGGACCGGCUAAUACCAGUGAUACUCGCUGGCGACAAAACGUCGAAACGUCAUCCAAACCCGUGCAACAACUCUAGAUAGAGACACCCUGAGGCUUUGAAGAAUAAUAUUAUGUUGUAAUUUACUUACCUCUUUACUUGUGAUAAAAUACGAAAACAUUUGGUGUACCGUUCCGUUACAAGUGUUGGCCGUAUGGACGCCGCACAGUGGUCCGAAUCGUUAUUUAACUUGGCAAAAGUCCAUUUUUAGAAUAUAAAAUUUAUCAAGUUCAGUAACAACAUUGCACAAUCCAUAAAGGAUCCUAACUAUUAACCAAGAGCGACAAUGAGGAUCGUAAAUAUAAGUGAGUAUGGUAAACUAUUAUAAUAAUUAUAAGUACUGAUAAUUAUUAUCAAUUGAAUGAUGAAAAACACCCAUCAGUACAGAGCUACGUGUAUCGUUGUAUCAAGUUGCAUAGGUAUUUGUCAAUUUUUUUUUUUUUUUUUGUGUAUUCCGCAAGCAUUAAGCUCAUUAUUUUUUUUCUUAUAUGGAAAAUCAACUAUCGAGUAAGUAAUACAAUAAUUUUCACUCUAACAUACAUGUUAUCAAGCGUUUAAACAAAAACUAUUAUCUUGUUGUAUACAUUUAAAAUA